ACUCAUUGCCACACUCCGUCAUAAUUACACUGUCCAACUCCAUUAUUUGAGCGCAUCCAUGGUUGUCAUAAAGCCCAGCCUAAACUGGAUUCGACACCAAGGCUUUGGAGUGCGCCAGGUUGGGGAAGAGAUGCCUGUGAUAUGGGAGAGGGUACACACACACACACACACAGAAGAGUGGGCAGGGUGUGAACUGGUGAAUCAUACGAGAGAUGGAGAUAGAGAGAAGGGGAAAAGCCCCGAGGCUGUUUGGGAGAGCGGGCCCCGCCUCCUGUGUGUGUGUGUGUGUGCGAGAGAGACAGAGAGAGGCGCUCGCCAGAGCUUCACCAGAAAGAGCGGGACUGGGCUCCAGCGCUCACCCUCACGGACUCCCCCCUCUCUCACUCUCUCAUCUUCCCGGUCCAUCAGGCCGACGGUGUGACCCCUCCCUCCCACUCACCAUCCCCACCCAUCAGAUUCCCAGUGAGCGGCAGAAGAUAAAGGUGAAGAGAGCGGUUGGAUUGUGAGGGACAUCCAGGCGCCAGCGAUGAAGCCUCUCCAUCUCCUUCUGCAUCUUCUCGCCUCUUUCCUCGGGACAAGCAGUGAAAAGUGCGAGAGUGAGCAGGUGACCGAAUUUCCAGAGCACUGUUACACAGCAUGUGUUUAUUCCUGGACAUCAGAUGGACCACAUAACCUGCAAUGCUACUACAUAAAAGAAAUUGAAAAUGGCUUGAACUGCACAUGGAACCAUGGAAAACACCAUACAAAUACUACCACCUACACACUAAAAAUAUACAGAAUUGAAAUACCCCAUUCCCUCAACACAAAAUUUACCACCAUCACUGGCACUUUUUAUGUAAUUGAACGAAAAUAUUUUUACAUUUCGGAAAAUACAACAAUAUCAAUAACAACAGUAGAACAGAGAAGUAGAAUGUACCAGAAUACAACAUCCAUCACAUUGAUACCUAAAGAUUCAGAAAAACCUGCAACACCUUCUGACAUAAAGUACACAAAACAUGAAGGGCAGUUAAAUCUGACAUGGAGUACUUCAAAGGAACUGGAGUAUGAGUUAGCUUACAGGAAGGCUGGAACUUGCAACUGGCUUUCAGUUCAUUUCCAACCUUCUGGAACUCUACAAGGAUUGGAACGACUGGCUGCUUACGAAUUUCGGAUGCGCUGCAAAAUUAGACUUUGGAGUUCUUGGACUAAAAUAUACCAUGUCCCUCCUGAGCUUAUAGAUAAGCCACAGGUUUAUACGCCUGUGACUGAACUAAUGCAGGAACCUGGGAAACGCCGCUUUACAAUACGGUGGGAGAAUGCAGCCACAGCCAACAGUACAAUUGUGCAAGGAUACAAUAUUACAAUUGAAAGGAUACCCACAAACCAAAGUUAUGACAUCCAAUCAAUUGAAACAUUCAGCAAAGAAUGUGUCUUCAUCCUUUCACAAGCAUUUUUCAAAUUCCGAGUGCUUGCCUACAAUUCAGCCAGUUUCUCACCUGCAAAUGAAAUCAUUCUCCCAUCUUUUAAUCAAAUGAGUUUAAACAACAGGAUUAAUGCCACUCCCCAAGGGAACAACAGCAUUUUAAUUAGCUGGAACUCGGAUGUGAACAGGAAGACGAGAGUUUACAUUAUUGACUGGGGUCCUGUCAUUGGGAAUAAGGCACACAUUCAAUGGUCAAAAAGAAUAAAAAAGAAUCAUCUCAAUUUCACUUUGAAAGCAGAUACCUUUAAGCCGAAGCAACGCUACAGAAUAAUGUUACACAGCAAGACAAGAAAGAUUCCCAUAAACAAUACAGAGAUAACCAUUGGGGUGGUUGAUGUUUACACAUUGGAAGGAACACCAAGAAUUGGUCCCAGUAAUAUUAAUGUCACCAAUAUUUCUAAAACCUCUGCAAUGAUAAGAUGGGAUCCAAUACCUGAAGAUGAAUGCCAAGGUUUUCUUCAAGGCUACAAGAUUUUCUAUUAUGUGACCAAGUCUGCUGUCGGAAACAUAUAUUCACCCAUUUCAGUGAACUCUUCUACAACGUUUUACAUGCUCACAGGACUAUUGCGAAAGACUCUCUACACUGUACAAAUCUCAGGAUUUACGAAUGCAGGAGAAGGAAUCAGAAGCAAAGCAGUGUCCUUUGACACAAAAGAAUACAACGAUGGUGAAAUUAAAGCAAUAGCUGUUGGUAUCAGCAUUACAAUAAUCAUUUUUGUGUUUCUGGUGACAUGGCGAUGUUUAUUCCUCUUUAGAAGAAUAAAGGAAAUAUUUUGGCCAAGUAUACCGAAUCCUGGAAACAGUUAUGUAAUCCGGAUUAUAGGAAAUGAUUCCUUGCUGCCACAGUUGGAUAAUGAAUUAUUAAGCCUCAAAACAAAUUCGCCUCUCAUGGAGGAUCAUGAAAGUCUUCAUAUUAUUGAAGAGGUCACCAACACUUCCACGGAUUGUCAGCUGCAAGAGAAUGAAGAAAACAGUGUAACAGGUCAGGACUCUAACAGCAAUCUCAGCAACAAACCAGCAUUCAUACAGGUAACUGACUACACAACGAUGGAAAACUUUCGACAAAUAAUUGCAGGCACUAAAACUGCCAUCCAGCCCAGCAGAUGUGAAACAGAAUUUAACAAUCAACAGAAUGGCUGUUUAAUUCAAAGCUACAUGAAACAGCAAGUCCAUUGAACAAGCAUACAGACACCAGAACCGAUUGGGAUCGCUUGUGACUGAAGAUCCAGAGUCUAGAUUAGAGUGGUACUGGAAAAGCACAGCAGGUCAGGCAGCACCCGAGGAGCAGGAAAACCGACGUUUCAGGCAAAAGCCCUUCAUCAGGACUCAACUGCUUAAAAGUCUUGAUCAUGUUAAAAUCGUACAGAGUCUGUAUUCCCAGUAACUCUUCGGAACAAACUUCCUGAACUGGGACAUUUGAUUAUGGUGGUGGCUAUUGCAGAAACUGCUCAAAUACUGAUAGAAAGGCUAGUCCUUGAAAUAAGUCCAACUGAACUACAUUCAACAAUUGCAAAGCUCUCAAAGUGUCUGUGGGAUGUACAUAUAAAAGAAAGUUCUGUGAGUUCUUUUUUUGCUGUUUGCAUUUAAGGCCAGCUCUGCUGUGUCCCCACUCCUUUAUGACAUUUGACGACAGUGCAAGUGAAUGGUGUUUAAAGUUAGACAAAGUCUGCGUUAUCAUUAACACUUGGGAACAUAUUUCCUAAACUGGGAGAUUCGAUUGUGGUUGUGACUAUUGCAGAAUCUGCUCAAAGAAAGACUGGUGAUUCUGCAUGGUGUUUAAUUUCACACACAUUUUGGUAUUUGUUUGCAAAAGUGAGUAUUCAAAGCUGAAAGGAGUUGGUGAAAUCAGGUAGAACAUGUUUGGGAGAUUCUGUCAGAAGGAUGUGAGCCAGAACUUUGAGUUUGACAAUGAAGGCGCGUGAGCUGGUGGCCAUUUUAUGUGUGUAAAAACCAAGCUCUUAUAUGAGACUGUGUUUGUUUUAUGCAAAGUGUCCCCCUGUCAUUCAAGAACAUUUGGCAGUGAAGAGAAUACCAAAGUAUGGAGAUCCAGGCAUGCUGACCAUUAUCACACUGAGGGACUCAGUACGUAGGGGAUUGGUUACUGUUUGAAGAGCUGAAAAAUGGUGAGCAGCAAGGGAAGUUAUCUAAGUGGCUGAAAAUGAAGUAGAGAAUAAAAGUGUCUGGCCAAUGAAGGAGAAGUACUGGCUUCCAGCAUGAACCCAGCACUGAAACCUUUCUUCAGUGAGAACAGGGCUAAACACAAAUGAAACUCUCAGAAAACAACAUCCAAUUGUCUUUGUGUCCAGUAUGUUAUGGCAGAGGGCUUUUGAAAUAGGUCACCAUACAUUUGCGCAAACCUCAUAAACAUAAUUGAUGUAUCUAGAACGCACGGUAAUUUUGGUCAUUCCUGUGAUGGCAGUUUGAAGCAUUUGCUGUGAAAAUGAACAUAUAGCUGCUCUUUGCAAGGCACUCAUAGAAACUGCUGGAAGCCUCUCUGAAACCAGGAAGUGUUUUUAAUGAUUUCUGUGAGGUUCGGGGGAGAAUGGAAGAUUUUGCAAUGCAGUUCCCUCUCUCUGACAGAAAUAUUAGUACAUAUUGAUACAAACAACAUGGAUAGAAAAAAGGAUGAGG